GGGCCUUGCUAUUCAAAAACGGGCUCUUGUGGUGCUUACGCUUUAUUUACUAUGCACUGAGCGUCUGUUUGCUGAUUACUUCAUAACAGGGGCCAGCAACUAACGCUAAUCAAACAGCAAUUGCACCAAUAAAACAAAUAGAGCGAUAGCCAAUUACGACACAAAUUAUUGUUAACAGCAACAACUCAUUAAAGUAUCAUGAGCAAUAAAGAAGCAACAGCGACUUCGUCGGGGUCGGCGACAUCAGCCUCGCCCAAAGCGGAGUCGAAUGGGCGCCAACAUCUGGAGACGUAUCGUGUCUAUGUGGUCACCUGGAAUGUGGGCAGUCGAUUCCCGGAUAACAUUUCAUUGCGUCAGCUGUUGGGUCUGCACAACGAUGCUAGUGGUGAUUCGGCGGAUUAUCUGCCGGAUAUUUAUGCAAUUGGAUUGCAGGAGGUGAACGCACAGCCGCAGCAACAGGUGUUGGGUCUGUUCAAGGAGGAUCCGUGGACGCACAAGGCCAAAAAGCUGUUGCGCUUCUACGACUAUGUGGCUGUGAAGACGGAGCAAAUGCAGGGAUUGCUGCUGACCAUGUUUGUACGGCGUCCGCAUGUUGAGCAUAUUAAAGACAUGGAAGCGGAGUUCACGCGCACCGGCUUCGGUGGCAUUUGGGGCAACAAGGGAGCGGUGAGUGUUCGCUUCACCCUCUAUGGCUGUGGUCUGUCCUUUGUGGUGGCCCACCUGGCUGCCCACGAUCAUCAGCUGGACGAGCGCAUUGAGGACUACAAACAGAUACUCGAGAAUCAUCAUUACCAUGUGAAGCGUUAUCGUGAGAUCUACGAUCAUGAUUAUGUCUUUUGGUUUGGCGAUCUCAACUUUCGGCUGGAGGGCAGCGACUCUGCCACGGAAGUGCGGGAUGCGUUGCGGGAUGAUCAGAUGCUGGAUGCACUCAUCCAGCGGGACCAGCUGUUCCAGGUGCGUGAAAAGUCACAACAGGCGUUCCAGGUGAUGCAUGAGAGACUGCCCGCUUUUCCGCCCACAUUCAAGUUCAAGGAGGGCACCUCCGAGUACGACAUGAAACGCCGUCCGGCGUGGACGGAUCGCAUUAUGUAUGCGGUGCAGCCGUUGAACCGCCUGCCGGGAUUGCAGCUGGCCAUUGAACAGUGCUCAUACAAGUCGCAUCCCGCCUAUAAUAUCAGCGAUCACAAGCCAGUUACCAGUGACUUCACCAUCAAACUGUAUCCCAAUUAUCGGGCACCAGGUGUCCAUUUCACACCGCUGUCCGUGUGGAGCAUUGGCGAUGAGAAUACCGUCGAGUAUCGCAAACAGACGGAGUUCGAGGAGGGACCCAAUGAUUGGAUCGCCAUUUAUGCCACGGACUAUGCCAGCUUGGCUGACUAUGUGGCCUAUGAGUACGUGAAUCAGGCUGAAUCGCCCAACUCCUCCGAUUCAAAUCCCGAGCGCGAUUACUUUGAGACGCCAGCUCCACAGGCCCCACAACGUCGUCGUAGUCGUCAUCGUCAUCAACAUCAUAAUCGUCAGCGUCUGCGACGACAGCAGGAUGCCAACGAGGAGCUGGUGCGUCUCGAUUUUGCUGACGACGUCGAUCUUCGUCAUGCUGAUGAAUAUGUGCUCAUCUACUUCCGCAGCACUGGACUUCGCGGAGUGACCAGCAUUGCCGGCAUAUCCGGCAAAUUUACCGCCGAGAAACGGAGAGGUUCCCCGCAUCGCACCGAGUAUCAUGUUGAUUAGCUAGCGGAGGCGCUGGACAUUUAUAUAAUUUAGUCGGGAGAUUGGGGAUGUCAACCCAUUGAAAAUAUGUGACUUGUUUCGCCUUAUUUGUUGUAUCUUCUAUAUAUGUAUGUUACAUACAUUGUAUAUGCAUUUCAUGUUAUAAAUAUGUA